ACAUACAUACAGUUAGUGAUAGUGAAAGUGAAAGUGAUACAUCACUGACUGAUCUCACUAAAUCUUAUACAAAUCUUAUGUUACCCAUAUAGUCUAACAGACACAUACACAUACACACACUCAGACACAACGAUGAUAGUACGACCUUCCAAGUCGGCUCUACGAUCCUCAUCGAAUCAUAUCAGACAUUUUAGUCGAAAUACCCCUAAACUCCAACAACUACAACCACCACCACCAGAACCCCCCCGAAUCAACCAAUUGGGUAUCCAGUACUUAUCAGAAGCACUCCAUAAAAAAGUAUUCACUUCCACCUCCACCACCGACUAUUUACAUCCCCAAUAUCCUGCCCUCCUCAGACUUGCCAAAUAUCAUCUUGAACAAAAUCAAUUAUUGAAUAAGAAAACAGUCAUCACUAAUCCCAUUAAUAUCGACAAUUUCCCUGAUUUGGUCGGUAAAAAUACUCUUGAUGAACAUUUCUUUAAAAUAGGCAUGGAAGAUGCUGAACCAUAUCUUUCAAUGAGUAAUAAUUUUACUAAACCUAAAUCUAAAUUACCUCCUAUACCCAAACAAUGGUUAUUCCAAGCCGGUUGGACUCGAUAUAAACGAGGUAAAAAACCGGAAUCAGUUCCUUAUCCAUUAGAAGAUGAAUUAGUAUUCGAUGUGGAAGUUUUAUAUAAAAAAUCACAAUAUUCAGUCCUUGCCACUUGUGCAUCUGUUGAUGCUUGGUAUGGUUGGGUAUCACCAUUUCUUAUAAAUUAUUCUCAAGAUCAAUCAUAUAAUAAUUGGAAUCAUUUAAUUCCUAUGAAUUGUAUGGACACUCCUAAACUUAUAGUUGGUUAUAAUGUAAGUUAUGAUCGAGCCAGAAUUCUUGAAGAAUAUAAUAUAAAUCAAUCAAAGGCAUUUUAUUUAGAUGCUAUGGCUCUUCAUGUUUCUAUUAGUGGGAUUUGUUCUCAACAACGUCCUAAAUGGAUGAAAUAUAAAAAGAUGAAAGAAAGUACUGAUAAUGAAAUUGAUGAAGAAAAUUCUCCAGGUGCAACUCUAGAUGAUCAAGAUCGUGAUAGUUUAGUUAAAGAACUUGAAUCGGAACUUUCCGAUGAUCCUUGGUUAAAUAAAGGAGCUGCUAAUUCAUUAGCUAAUGUCUAUGAAUUCCAUUGUGGAGAGAAAUUAGAUAAAUCGGAUCGAGAAUAUUUUAGUUCAGAGGAUCCUAUGGAGAUUAUAAAUAAAUUUCAAGAAUUAAUGACUUAUUGUGCUGGAGAUGUAGCAUCAACUUUUACAUUAACCAAGAAAUUAUUUCCGGAAUUUCGAGAAAAGAUUCCCCAUCCGGUAUCCUUUGCGGCUUUAAAACAUUUAGGGACUUUAGUAUUACCUACUACAAAGGAUUGGAAUAAAUAUAUUGAAACGGCUGAAAGUAUUUAUCAAGAAAACCGUAGUCAAGUUAUAAAGAAUCUUGAAGAAAGAGCCAUUGAAUUAAUUCGAUAUAUUGAAGAGAAAGAUGAUUCAUUAAUCCCUAAUUAUCAGGAAGAUCCAUGGUUAUGUCAAUUAAAUUGGACUAUUAAACAACCUCGAUUAAAGCAAGAUGGUCAACCAGUAGCCAAUCAACCAUAUAUGAUUGGAUAUCCUGAAUGGUAUCGAGAUUUAUUUCGAGUAGCCAUAAAGGGAGAAAAGAAGAUGAAUUUAACUAUUAGAUCAAGAUUAACUCCCAUAUUAUUACGAUUAAAAUGGGAAGGUUAUCCAUUAUUUUGGACAGAUAUUCAUGGUUGGUGUUUUCAAGUUCCAUUUAAUGAACGAGUCAUUGAUCAAUUAAAGAGUAAGAAUUAUAUAGAAUUACCUCGAGGAGAUUUACUUGAUUAUGAAGAUAUUUUAAAAUCCGACGUAUUAUUUAAAGUUCCUCAUCCUGAUGGAGCUGGGAAAAGAUGUACUAUAAUUAUGUCUAAGAGUUAUUCACGAUAUUUCAGUGAUGGGACUUUAACUUCCGAAUAUAAUUAUGCUUCUCAGAUCUUGUCAUUAAAUUCAGAAGCAUCUUAUUGGAUGGGUAAUCGAAAGAGAAUCAUGGAUCAAUUUGUAGUAUUUAAUGAUCCUGAUUUAGAAGCCAAUCAAUUCUUUGAGAAUAAACAAUUGGCUAAUCAACAUAAAGAUAUGGGAAUUAUAUUACCUAAAUUAUGUCCUAUGGGUACCGUUACUAGAAGAGCUACUGAAAAUACUUGGUUAACUGCAUCUAAUGCUAAGAAAAAUCGGAUUGGUUCUGAAUUAAAAUCUCUAAUCAAGGCUCCUCAAGGUUAUUGCUUUGUAGGAGCCGAUGUAGAUUCUGAAGAAUUAUGGAUUGCUUCAUUAGUUGGAGAUUCCAUGUUUAAAAUUCAUGGAGGUACAGCAUUAGGAUGGAUGACCUUAGAAGGAGAUAAGAAUGAAAAGACGGAUUUACAUUCUAAAACUUCGGAAAUUUUAGGAAUCUCUCGAGGUGAUGCCAAAGUAUUUAAUUAUGGAAGAAUUUAUGGAGCCGGAGUUAAAUUUGCAACUCAAUUACUUAAACAAUUUAAUCCCAAAUUGUCUGAUGAUGAAUCCGGUGAAAUUGCUCGAGAAUUAUAUGCUCGAACUAAAGGUCAAAUAUCUCAUUCUGCUGCUUUAAAGGGUAAAAUAUAUUAUGGAGGUUCUGAAUCAAUUAUGUUUAAUGCUUUAGAAGCCAUUGCCUAUCAAUCUAAUCCCAAAACUCCCGUCUUAGGAGCCUCUAUUACGGAUGCAUUAACAGCUAAGAAUCUUAAUAAGAAUUCUUAUUUAACGUCUCGAACCAAUUGGACAAUUCAAAGUUCGGGGGUAGAUUAUUUACACUUGUUAAUUGUUUCAAUGUCUUAUCUUGUAAAGAAGUAUAAAGUCAAUGCUCGAUUAGCGCUAACAGUUCAUGAUGAAUUAAGAUAUUUGGUAAGGGAAGAGGAUAAAUAUAAAGCAGCAUUAUUAUUACAAAUCAGUAAUGUCUGGACAAGAGCCAUGUUCUGUGAACAAUUGGGUAUUAAAGAAGUUCCUCAAUCAGCAGCGUUUUUCUCAGAAGUUGAUAUUGAUCAUGUAUUAAGAAAAGAAGUAGGAAUGGAUUGUGUAACUCCUUCUAAUCCUGUAGCUAUUCCUCCGGGGGAAUCACUUACCAUAUUAAAGUUGUUAGACAAAACAGGCCAUGGAAAUGUAUUAAGUAGUAGUACCACAGAUGGUAAUGGUAAUGGUAAUUUAUCAUCUCACAGUAUAAAUUAUGUAUACCGUGAACCAUUCAUUACUCAACUCGAUAAUGAUCUUAAUAUGCCGACUAAAAUCGCCAAAGUGAAAGUCCAAGUAUCGGCCAAUAAACAGGAAUGGUCAGCAAACAUUGCUGAAUUUAAACGAAUUAAACGAGAAUCGUAUAUCUCAGAAGCGUUUACUCAAGUGAGAAGUUCAAGAAAACGGUUAAUGGAGAUUGAAUCCAAUAUUGUUAAGGGUUCAGAACCAAAGCCAAAGCCAAAGCCAAAGAAGAGAUCUACAAAGUCUAAGUCUACCGAUGAAUCUGCAUCAACAACAACAAUAACCAAAAGAAGAAAGACCACCAAGGAGUUUGGUAUCGAUACCAUAAGUAGUGAAUCUCCAGUCAAAGUGAAACGGUUCAGUAAUGAAGGAUCAGUAAUUACAUUACCCAAACGGAAACUAGUGUCAAAGACUUCUGGUAAAAGCAACACUAAAGAAAAUCAAGAGUCAAGUACAGUAUUGAUUGAUGAUAAAAGUUCAAAUCAUAAAGAGUCGACCGCUAAAAAGCAGAGUAAAAAACCAGCCGGAAAACUAAAGGUUAAGGCUGGAUCUACCAGUGGUAUUCCCAUAGAGAAAUCUUCAGGAAUUACCACCACCAAUGCUUCGACUACUUACCCCAAAGAGAAGGAACCACAACCACAACAUCGACUAUCUCCGGAAUCAGUUCGACGAAGUGGUACCAGUAAUAGCCAUAGCCAUAGCAAUCACAAAUUCAAUGUAAAGGUUCCUCUGAAUUUGGGAGUAAUGUUGAAUAAAGGUCGACCACAACUUGGGAGUCCACUGCCAACUAGGCAGAAAUCCCAUGUAAAUAGGAAUGAAAUGAAUUCGUCUAAUUUCUUUCGACGACAACAACGAGCGGUUAAUGUAUUUUAAGCUAUGAGAAAUGAAAAUUAUUCUAACUAUUACAAAUUAGAAGGUAUAGCUAAUAUUAUUAAACCAUCGUUUGUUAAUUACUAUCCCUCCAUAUCAUUCACUAAUCAUCAUCAUUAUCAUCAAAAUGAAAGAACUACUUUUGUUGCUUUUCUUAUACCUGCUUUAUUCCAUUGACUGUUCUGUUUUACCGAUAUUUCCGUUUCAUUACGUUUUGUUACCAACAUCAACUAUAUUUACCAUUUGGGCUAUUAUUCUUAAUAAGCUAGCAAUUUAUAAUUGAUUUUAAUAAGGGCGACUCGUCCAGAGUCUUUACAUUGUAAUUAUUAUAAUUACUAUAAUUAUCAUCAUUGAUAUGUUUUCUUCUUUUCUUACUAUUCAGCCAUGUCAGUUGAAUCUUUCUAGUGCCCUAAGAUUAUUUUAAAAUCAUUAAUUUACUACUUGCUGCUUUUUUUUAUA